GUGCGCUCGGGCUAACGGCGGGCUAUGCGGUGUGAGCCGAGACGCCGUUGACAAACUAAGCACUCAGCCAGCACAGCCUCCGACAAAUGGGAGACAGCGAUGAUGAGUUUGACAGGAGGAGGCGGGACAAGUUCCGGAGAGAGAGAAGUGACAUGGAGCGCUCCAGAGAAAGAGAGGACAGGAGGAGAGAUGACUGGGAGUGGGAACGGGGCAGAGAAAGGAGGCGGGAUUAUGAACGCGGUCGAAGAGAGAGAUUCUCCCCACCGAGGCACAUCAGCCCCCAACACAAGCGCAUGAGGAGGGACUGGGAUGACCACCGAGGGGAGCCCUACCGUGGUGGCUAUGACAUGCCAUAUGGUGGGGGUGGGCCUCCUUUUGCGGGGGUGGGCCCUGGGGGGCAUCAGGGCUGGCACCCAGACCUGCCACACAUGCACCCGCACCAUGGUGGUCAUCCCCUACAGGCCAGACUUGGGAUGGUAGACCCAGACAUCCCCCCUCCCGGCCCCCCCACCAUGAGAAGCUUCAAGGAUUUCUUGCUCAGUAUGGAGGACAGUGUAGAUGAAACAGAAGCAGUAAAGAGAUAUAACCAGUACAAACUGGACUUCAGACGACAGCAACUACAAGACUUCUUCCUGGCCCACAAAGACCAGGAGUGGUUUCGUUCAAAGUACCACCCUGAUGAGAUCGUGUUGAGGAAAGCAGAGUCUCUGUCUGCCCUGAAGACCCGAUUGGGUGUCUUCCUCUUCCUGAUGGAAAAUGGCUGGCUAGAAAAUGUGUCACUUGACAUGGACCAUGCCCCUGCCAUCAUCAAACUACUGGAUGCAGCUGUCAUUAAGAUGGAGGGGGGUACGGACCAUGAUCUGCAGGUGUUGGAGUUGCCCUCUGCUACCACGGUGACAGGUGGGGAGAGGGGAGGAGUGGGGGACAGGGUGGAGGGAGGUGCGAGUGGAGGAACUGGUCCGACUGUUACUGGUUCUACUGGGACCAGUACUGAAGAAGCAGCUGGUGAAGGUAGCAGUAAGAAAGAUCCAGAAAAGGAGCCCGCAGACGAGGCAAAGCAAAAUGGAGAAAGGGAGGAGGAGGAAGCAGAGAGAGAAGAGGAGAAAGUAACUAAGAAGGGCAGGAAGAGGAAACGCAGCAUGUCAGCUGACAGUGGAGAGGGGAGUGGCUCGGAGUCUGACUCCUCACACUCUGAUGGAGAGAAAGAUGAAGAUGAGGAGAAAGAAGAGGAGGAGGAGGAAGGAGAAGAAGAGGGAGGACAACGCAGGAAGGAGCGUCAAAAGGAGAGGGAGAAGGAGGAAGCUCCUCAGCCUCGGCCUCUUCACCUCACCACAUCCCUCUUCAUGAGGAGCAUUGCUCCUGACAUCAGCAAGGAGGAGAUUAUCGCUUUGUGUCGCAGGUAUCCAGGCUUCCUGCGGGUGGCGCUGUCUGACCCCCAGCCUGAGAGGAGGUUCUUCAGGCGUUGCUGGGUCACCUUCGACCGCAGUGUAAACAUCAAGGAGACAUGUUGGACCCUUCAGAAUAUCAGGCUCAGGGACUGUGAUCUGUCUCCAGUAGUAAACAGAGACUUGGCCCGUCGGGUUCGGAAUGUAAAUGGUUUGACUCACCACAAACCGGUUGUUCGCAAUGACAUCAAACUGUCUGCACGGCUUGUGCACACACUGGACCACCGGGGGAAGCUGUGGGGAGGGGAGAUGCCGGAGUCCAACCCUGUCCUGAAGAACAUCACAGACUACCUCAUCGAGGAAGUCAGUGCGGAGGAGGAGGAGCUAACUGGUGUCACUGGUACCAACGACUCCUCUGACAACAAAGACCCAGCCUCCUCUGAGGUCACCGUGGAAACUGACGACAAGCUGCUGAAGGUUCUGGACAGACUGUUGUUGUACCUGCGUCUGGUUCAUUCAGUAGACUACUAUAACUUCUGUGAGUAUCCAGCUGAAGAUGAGAUGCCUCAUCGCUGUGGGCUGAUUCAUGUACGGGGACCACUACCAGUCAGCAAGAUCUCUGCUGCCGAGGUGUCAGAACAUCAGAGAAUGUGUGAGGAGCGUCUGGCUCAUCUGCUCUCUUCCUCUGAGAACGUCUCUGAAGAGGAAGCAGUCAGACUGGGCAAGAAGGAUGCUGACCAGGAGGUAGAGAAGUUUCUGACAGCCAACACACAGGAACUUGGAAAAGACAAAUGGCUGUGUCCUCUGAGUGGGAAGAAGUUUAAGGCUCCAGAGUUUGUAAGGAAACAUAUCCUGAACAAACAUGCUGAGAAAGUGACCGCUGUGAGGAAGGAAGUAGAAUUCUUCAAUAACUUCCUGUUAGACACCAAGAGACCUGCCCUCCCUGAGAGCAAGCCCCUCCCACCACCCACGCAGGGACCUCCCCCUGGUAUGCAGGGAUACCCUGGUCAGUCACCCCAGCAGCAAAGCCUUCUGGGAUAUCCCCCAGGAGUUAGACCCCCCAUGCCUGGCUUCCCAGGGGGCGGUCCACCUUACCCUCCGAACCAGUUUGGUGCAGGACGUGGUAACUAUGACAACUUCAGAGGUCAUGUGGCUGGAGUUUACCCUGGUAAACAACGAAACAACAGGGGCGUGCGAGGAGACCCAAGGUCCAUCAUUGAAUACCGAGACCUGGACGCUCCAGACGACCUGGACUUCUUUUAGAGCUAAACCACAACACGUUUUUUACUCAUUUUUUAGAUCUGUCUCUCCUGCCCCGCCUGUCAGCUUCCCCUCACAUGCUUCCUGUUGUAGGUUAGGCUCCACACUGCCAGCUCUGCGCGUGUGUGCGUGUGUGUGUGUGUGUGUGUGUGUGUGCGUGUGUGUGAUCAGUGUCUGCCAUCAGUACCAGAGUUACAUCAGCCACUGAUGAUGACAAUGAUGGGUGAUUAUUUUGGUGAUGAAGAUGGGCUAUGUUCCAAGGUCCAAUAAGGAGCUGUACCACAAACCGAUCACCGCGAUUCGCACACACACAUCAUAAACACACACACACACAUGAUAAGCACACACUCGGCAGAUGAGCUGGUAGGUGCUGUUGUGUUGUAAACUUCUGGUACACAAUAAAAGGUUUUCCACUGCA